AUGAGUCGAUUUAGGUUCCAGGAUUAUCUCCAAAACCUAUGGGAACAGAGGCGGUGCCCCCCCCCAAAAGAACAAGGAAAGAUUGCGACAAGCGGGAUCUGUCGAUUAGCGCGGGAUACUAAGGACCCCAGGAAGGAUGUAAGCCGGGAUGACAAUCUGGGGAGCGAAUUCGAGAAAUGGCAGAAAGCGUCGAACGAGAGUCAGAAAGCAAUAAUGAUAUGCAAAGGACUAGAAGUAUGGUUCAACAAUUUCGUGCGCAGGGACGGAGUUAAACUAUACGAGCAACAGGGCGGAUGCACCACAGACGGACUCGGAAUCACCAAGGGUUUCCGGGACAUGCGGAAGUGUCCAUACUAUCCCAACUCGGAGGAAUGGAGGAAUAUAUAUAGUUGGAGUGAGCUAUGGAGCCAGAAUAAGUAUGAGAGGAACCUGAGGGUGUGUAUGGAUAUAGUCCAAAUUUUAAUAAGGGCGUCUAGUCGUGCUUCCUUCGACGGAAACAAAUGGGUUGAUGAGAAACAAACAGACUUAUGCCAGGCAGUAUAUGAGGUCCUCACCUCCUGGGCCAACCAAACGUGUGCGAGGAGGAUUUUGGACGAGUGGUUUACACCAGGAAACAAGUCCGACCCAAAGAAUAUCCUAAAAUUGAGAAGCGACAAACCCAUAGAUGGGGUAUGGGGGGCGUUCUUCUGGGAGGUUAGCAGUUUGGUCACGAGCAUGCAGUGUAGUUGGGAUUCUAUGAACCAAAAAUAUAACACCGUCUGCGCCUAUUUGGAUCCGAAGGGUUGUGACAUGGGAAGAGGUGAGGAGGAACCUGACGUAAUGACCAAGGUAAAGGGGAAGUUCCAGUUGAAUGAAAAUUCACGGCUGGGAGAGAACAGACGGUUCCAAGGGUAUGGAAACUCAGGGACCAACCUCCAGCCACUCCUAGCGGAGGAAAAUCCUCACCGUCAAGCCAACGGGAGAUCCGGAACCCCACGCCAGAAGUGGAUACGGAAUCCAAAUUUUCUUUACCCUUUGCAGAAAGUGCAGGAGAGGAAGGAAAAGUUAGAGGAAGUCUCCGAAGACAGAGACAAGGCCGCCUUAUCCAAAGCAAAGAGGGGUCUACAAGAGCAGAUAAAGCAAAGCAAUCCAACGGAUGAAGUGAGUAUCAGCAAGGUCUUAGGAGGAUCGAUUCCUUUAGGGGUACUCGUAGGGGUGGGAGUCUAUUUCUAUAGGAGAGUCUUUGCAGCAAGGACAAAGGACGCGAAACCCCACACGUGGAAAGGGUCGAGAUUGGAGGAGUUAAGAGGAGGGUCUAGGACACGGGCCAAGGGUCUAGGAUACCAGGCAAUUUCGGAGGAGCAGUUCCCUGAGAAGGAUAUGCUAGAAAAAGGGGAACCUCAAUAG